UUGAAGAACAAAAACUGUGUCAUUUAUUUUAAAGUGUGAUAAUGUCUACGUUAGAAAUUGUGCGUAAUCAAAAAGGUGGUGAGGUUGCUCUCCACAAAGGAUAUGAAUACACUAAAAACGGGAAAUCUACUGAGACCCAAUACUGGAGAUGUACACAAUAUUCCAUGACUCGCUGUCCUGGGCGCAUGAAUAGUGUCGGUAUCAAUGUGAAAAAAGUUCUCGAUCACUCGCACGCACCUGAUGUUCGUAAAGGAAAUGUUCGAAAAGUACUUGAAAAUAUUCGCAAUCGAGCACUUUCCACAACUGAACCACCAAGAAAAAUUCUACGCAACAUCACAUGUUCGAUUGGCAGAGUGUCCUCGGUAGAGCUGCCCAGUAAUAUCAAUAUGACACGUGGUAUACGCAGGAUUCGUAACAAAACGGGAGUUCAUCCGAAAAAUCCGAAAACAUUGGCUGAAUUAGUAAUUGAUGGAGACAAUGCAUUGACCUUGAAGGGCGAUCUUUUUGUUUUGUACGACAAUCAAUCGGAUACGAAGCGAAUAGUCAUAUUCUCAACAAAUACAAAUCUUUCGUUCUUAUCAUAUUGCGAUGAAUGGUACAUGGAUGGUACGUUCGAUGUGGUUCCAACAAUAUUCAAACAAUUGUAUACGAUUCAUGGUAAGAACUAGAAACGUUAAAAAAUUGAGGCCAUUUUUCUGUAUCUAUCUGUGUGAUUGAUAAU